AUGGCCGAAAUUCAAGUGUACAAAACAAAGAUCACGAACGCUUGUGUCCUGCUCAGAUCUUAUGAGCCAGAAUUCACAAACAUCAAUUCAGCGAAGCAGUUCCAUCAUGACUGCGCCAAAGAAGCCAUCGAGACAAUCGAUGGUCGGCAAGGACACAAGAAACGCGAAAAGAUUUGGUUAGAUGUAAACAAACAUUUAGAGACUGAGUCGAACAUUCUGGAUUCAGUAAUACAAAGGCUGAACAAAAUGGACUUUAGAAAUGAGGGACUAUUGCAACAAAUUGCAUUAAUAACUUCACCUCAGCCCAACCAUUCUGUCGCCAACAGCCAUAGCAGCUGUCAAGGAUGGUCAAAUGCCGCAAUGACUCCGCAAGAACGUAACGUUCGGGUCAUGCGCCCAUUACUGGAAGUUCCUACAUUUGCAGGGAACUAUAUGGAGUUGAAUACGUUCUGGUCCGUUUUCGAAUCGCUAAUACACAGCGACGACGAUUUGAGCGACCAAGAGAAGUUCCUAUUUUUGAAGAAGGCUCUGAAGGACAAAUAA